AUGGCGGCUCUAUCCGGCACACUUGUCCACUCCCUUGGUCAUAAUACCUUGGGAAAGACUGAUAUCGCUGUUCAGUCGGUCCUUUUGUUAAUUGCAUUCUUGAUCGUCGGUCUGCGGUUAUGGUCGCGACGAUUACAGCGGGUUUCACUGCAGUUGAAUGAUUUCUUGAUUAUAGUUGCGACGUUCUUACUAGUCGGUCGCUAUGUGGUGGAAAUCUUAUUGAUCGUGUUGUGUGGAAUGGGGCUGCAUUCCAUCGAAGUGGCCCAGGUCGCAGGGACGGAGGUUUUUGUGCGAUUCAACAAGCUUAUAUAUGCGGGUGAUCUUCUCUGGGUCGUGGUGAUCGCCUUGAUUCAGUUAUCAAUUCUGCACUACUAUGUGCGUAACUUCGAACAGUUUGCUGUCAUCCUACUAUCGUAUGGCCUCAUGUUUCUAUGCUCAGCGCUCUGUAUUGCGGGCUUGUUCGCAACCGCAUUCCUCUGCACCCCGCCGAAGAGAGCAUGGCUCACCAACACUCCGGGAUAUUGUGGUGAUCACGAAACAUUGAACAUUGGUGUCAAUGCAAGUGAGACUAUUCUAUCUUUCCUUGUCUUGAUCCUUCCCAUUCCCCUUUUGUGGCGCAUGCCAUUGUCGUGGGCGAGGAGGACUGCACUGGGGUGUGUUCAAAUCCUAGGGUUGGCAAUCAUUACCAUUAUUGCUAUUCGUCUGACGCCCGGGUUUGAGGUCGACCCACACGACCUAACACACAGCUCUGCCAGGAAGUCAAUACUUUCAUGCAUUAUACUCCCUUUAGGGAUAAUUGCUGCAUCUCUUCCGAUACCCCAAUCGCCCGUUGAGCGAAACCGACUCUCGGCUUUCCCGUCUGCAUUCCACCCUUCUAUCUCUGAGCUAAACUUUGCGAGGUACUGGAGGACAACGGUCAUUUCCGGGAGACAGUUAGACGAGCCAGAGAUGCCUUUAGUGACGGUUGCUAAACCUUUCAUGGCAAAAAUGGGGUACCUUGCUCCUGGGCAUAUUCAAGUCACUUCGGACUGGGAAAUUCAUUCGUCGCGGGGUUCGGCGAGAUUUGAUAAAUCACCUGUACGGCGGGUCUGA